UGCGAAUAUCAAACCAACUUCAGCCGGGGAAUACGAGGCUGCGAAUAUCGAGCCAAACGAAUCUGGAGCUGCGAAUAUCAAACCAACUUCAGCCUCGUGUGCGGCUCUAGGUCGGAUCUGUUUGGGCAGAGAGCGGGUUCUGGAAUCGCAGCUGUCAGUCCGUCCAUUAUCCUGCACACGAAUAACGGGUCUCAGUGAACUUUUGGAAUGAAGGCUGUGAAAGUUGCAGUUGUUGGGGCAGGUGUGAUCGGACUGUCUACAGCAGUGCGUCUGUCUGAGACACUCCAGAACUCAGCUGUGACCAUACUGUCUGAGAAGUUCUCCCCAGACACUACUAGCGAUGGAGCUGCUGGAAUACUUCUACCUGAGGUGUUCCCAGAUAUCCCUCUGGAACGUCAGCAACGUUGGUUCAAGGAGACAUUUGAUCAUCUGCAGGGCCUUGUUGAAUCACCUGAAGCCCCGGAAGCAGGGGUGUUCUUGAGCUCAGGAUACCACGUAUUCAAAGAAGUCCCUAGCGAUCCAAAACCUUACUGGUCAGAAUAUGUGUUUGGAUUCCGAUUCAUGACGGAUCGUGAGAUGAAAAGAUUCCCAAAUCAUAAAUUUGGUCAAGCUUUCACAUCAAUAAAAUGUGAAUGCCCCAGAUAUCUGCCAUGGCUUGAGAAAAGGUUUAGAGGAGCUGGUGGUGAUGUUAAACAGGAGAAAGUGACUGACCUUAAGCAGCUUGUCAGCAGCUAUGAUGUUAUUGUCAACUGCUCAGGCGUUUGGGCCAAUCACCUGGUGGGGGAUGAGGGGGUCUACCCAGUACGGGGGCAGAUUCUCAAGCUUCGUGCCACCUGGCUGAAGAAUUUCAUUCGUGACGGAGAUGGAAAGACUUACUUGUACCCUGGAAUUGAUUACGUCACUAUAGGGGGCACUCGGCAGAAGGAUGACUGGAGGCUGGAGUUGGAUAAGGGAGACAAUGAGGACAUGAUGAAGCACUGUAUUGCGCUGGAGCCGUCCCUGCAGAAGGCCCAAGUGUUGGAAGAGUGGGUGGGCCUGAGGCCUGGCCGGAAGAACCCGCGUAUAGAGAGUGAGUGGCUGCAGGAUGGGGAGCGCCAAGCCUUACUGGUGCAUAAUUAUGGCCAUGGUGGAUGUGGCAUUUCACUGAGCUGGGGCUCAGCACUGGAUGCACUGGAACUAGUGAUGAAGGGUCUGCAGGAGAAACCUCCUCGCCAGUAACAGUAAUGCUACACACAAGUUGUUCCUCAGUGUCUGUAACAUCACUACCAAACGACAGGAUAUUACACAUGCUAUAUAUACUCCUUCAUAUUGACAAUUAUUGAAAAAUCUGUAUAAAAAACUCAAUAGGAGAAAAUCAUGGCAAUUUUAUUUUAGAUUAUUGUCAAGUAAAGUUGAUCAGUAGUGUUUUACAGUGAUCUGUAUGAAUUAUGUUUGAAUUAUACUAAGUUUUAUUUAGCAGUAAUUACACGGCAUUACCAUUCCUUAAACAAUGUCAUUUACAUUUAGCUCAGAUCAAACUACCAUGUUUAUUGUAUUAAGUUUUUUCUUUCAUCAUAAAAUUUCAUUAUAAAUGACAGAAAUCAUUUUGGUUCAGUUGCAUCUCACAGUCUUAUGCCCAUUUCAGUGCUAAGAACUAUACGUGGACUAAUCAGGAACAGUACAAAAUAAAACAGCCCUUAUUUACAAAAAUAAAAACACACAAAAGCACUUUAAUGUUACUGUGAGUGAAUGUAAAUGCACUUUAAAAAAAUUAUAUAAAUAAUGCGAAGAAUGUGAAGAACACUGCAGCAUUUUGAGCAAGUGCAAAUUGAAUAAAUUAUUUUUGCUUCAUUGAAA